AUGGACGAAUCAACACCCCUUUUACAACACCAACCUCACCACCUUUCCCAGAAACGGCUGUUGGUCAUCUUUCCAGCCCUCGCUUUGAUACACUUCAUUUCCUUUCUCGACCAAACAGCUAUUUCGACGAGUCUGCCCGCCAUCGCAGCUUCGCUAGAUAUCGGCGCGUCCAUCUCGUGGGUGGGAGCGAGCUUCCUCGUUACCAGCACCAGCAUCCAGCUGAUCAAUGGCCGGCUGUCGGAUAUAUUUGGCCGCAAGGCCUCUCUGGUCGCGGCCAUCUCGAUCAUGGGCGUUGCGAACCUGUUAUGUGGUCUUUCCACGACACCGGUAGAGUUAUUUGCCUCCCGCGCUCUCGCUGGAUUUGGCGCCGGAGCCAUCAACGCGCUUGUGCAGAUUGCCAUUGCCGACAUCACGACGCUGGAGCAGCGCGGCUACUAUUUUGGCAUCAUGGGUGUAGCGGUGGCUCUGGGGAAUGGCUUGGGCCCUGUUAUUGGUGGGCUGCUUACCCAGGCGGUUGGCUGGCGAUGGGCAUUCUGGUUUGUCUGUCCCUUGUGCGUUGUCGCCAUCAGCUAUCUCGUCUCGGUAUGGCCUGUUUCACGCCCUGUAUCCAAUGGGUAUCAAAUCUGGGACAAGCUGAAGCUGGUGGACUGGGCUGGAGCUCUGGCGAGUCUGUUUGGCAUCGCAUUGCUUUUGAUUCCGAUAUCCCAAGGCGGUUCGGCGCAGUCUUGGAGUUCGCCGGCGACGGUAGUCAUGCUCAUCGCUGGUGGAAUACUGCUCGGUGUCUUCUUGGCCAUCGAAUUCCGAUUUGCAAAGCUGCCUCUGUUGCCGGCUCGACUGUUCCGCUACGGCCGUUCCACCAAUAUUCUGAUCUUCGCCAACAUCCUCAUCGGUUGGAUUUUCUGGGGCAACAUGUUUGUUCUACCGCUGUAUCUGCAGAAUGUCCGCGGACUAAACCCUACCCAGGCCGGAGCCCUGAUGCUGCCCAUGGUCAUCACUCAUGGACUGACAUCCGGCCUAACUGGCAUUCUCAUAUCCAUGAUUGGGCGUUACAAACCCGUCAUCGUUAUCGGAGCCGCCUGCUGGGUCCUGGCCGCCAUUGGAAAGAUGCAUUUCCAUCAAACGACUCCGAUCUGGGAGAUCAUCGUCGUCGGCGUCUUUGACGGCAUAAGCGUAGGAUGCUCCCUGCAGCCCGUCCUUGUCGGUCUUUUCGCCGGGUCCGACGCCCAAGACCGAGCUGUGCUCACCGGACUACGGAAUUUCCUUCGAGAUUUUGGAGGAGCAACCGGUACUACCAUCUCCGGUGCUGUUCUAAGCAACGUGCUCUAUAGACAAUUGAAGUCGACAUUCAGCCCCGAACUCAUAGCGAAGCUAGCUUCAUCGGCAUUCGCGUUAAAAGACCUGGACCUUAGUGAUGAAGAACGAAGCAUGAUUUCUCUAGCGUACACAAAUGGCCUCCGCGCAAUAGUUACAAAGGCCGAAAGGCGGUAUAUAUACUUUUGAGGCAAAAAGAGUGCUUUAUAAGAAUAGGAAAAAGCAGAGGUG